GUCUAACCUGACGGUGGGGCGCAGGGAAAGUUUUGUGUAGCAGGUAGAAAAUUCGUUGCUAACCUGUAAAGCUCCUUGAUCCGACGGGUAAUUAACAAAGUGCGAGAAAGAGAAGUCCCAGUAAUAGAGUAAUAGAGAGUUGGCAUGGCUUUGUUGGAACUGUACACCCAGUUCAACAGAGUGUGGAUUCCAGAUGCCGAACACGUGUGGAAGUCAGCAGAGAUUAUAAGGGAUUUUAAUAAUGGGGACAAUGUUCUUGUUUUGCACCUUGACGAUGGCACUGAGCACCACCACCCCGUCGACCCCUCUAAACCCCAGCUUCCUCCACUCCGCAAUCCGGACAUCUUGGUCGGGGAGAACGACCUCACGGCUCUCAGCUACCUGCACGAACCCGCUGUGCUGCACAACCUCAAAGUGCGAUUCAUGGAGUCCAGGAUCAUCUACACCUACUGUGGUAUUAUACUGGUGGCUGUAAACCCAUACAAACAGCUCCAUAUCUACGGAGAUGCAAUCAUUCAUGCCUACUCAGGCCAGAACAUGGGAGACAUGGACCCUCAUAUAUUUGCAGUGGCAGAGGAGGCCUACAAGCAGAUGGCCAGAAACCACAAGAACCAGUCUAUCAUAGUCAGCGGUGAGUCCGGAGCAGGCAAGACUGUGUCUGCACGAUACGCGAUGAGAUACUUCGCUGUUGUAAGCAAAUCUGGCAGCAAGAGUCGGGUGGAAGACAAGGUCCUGGCGUCCAAUCCAAUAACAGAGGCCAUAGGCAACGCAAAGACCACCAGGAAUGACAACAGCAGCCGAUUUGGGAAAUACACUGAGAUCAGCUUUGACAAGCAGUACCGGAUCAUGGGCGCCAACAUGAGAACCUAUCUCUUAGAGAAAUCCAGGGUUGUUUUUCAGGCAGAGAACGAGCGGAAUUAUCACAUUUUCUACCAGAUGUGUUCCUGUGCUCACCUGGACAAGUUCAAGAACCUAAGACUUUCAACUGCAGAUCGCUUCAAGUACACCUGCAUGGGCGGAGACAUCACCAUUGAAGGCGUGAAUGACAAAGCCGACAUGGAGGAGACGCUGCGGACCUUCUCCCUGCUGGGAUUGAAGGAGGACUUUCAGUCAGACGUUUUCAAAGUUUUGGCAGCGAUUCUUCACUUAGGAAAUGUGGAAAUCAAAAGCUCGGGAGAUGAGAAAUCUUCAGUUCCCCGCAGCGAUCCACACCUGGCAGUGUUCUGUGAGCUGCUGGGAGUCGGUGUGGAGGGCCUGGUGCGCUGGCUGUGCCACCGGAGGAUUGUUCUGGUGGCCGAGACGGUGGUGAAGCCGGUUCCCAAGGAGCGAGCGGUGAACGCCAGGGACGCUCUGGCUAAACGGAUCUACGCCCACGUGUUUGACUGCAUUAUUAACACCAUAAACGCAGCACUGAAGGUUCCUGGAAAACAGCAUGCUUUCAUAGGUGUUCUGGACAUUUAUGGCUUUGAAACGUUUGACAUCAACAGCUUUGAGCAGUUUUGCAUCAACUAUGCAAAUGAAAAGCUUCAACAGCAGUUUAACUUGCAUGUGUUCAAGCUGGAGCAGGAAGAGUACAUGAAGGAGGACAUCCCAUGGACGCUGAUCGAUUUCUAUGACAACCAGCCUGUCAUUGACCUGAUCGAGGCCAAGUUGGGCAUCCUCGACCUGCUGGAUGAAGAAUGUUUAUUUCCUCAGGGCACUGAUCAGAGCUGGCUGCAGAAGCUGUACAACUACCUCGAAGCCAAUCCUCUGUUUGAGAAGCCCAGGCUGUCAAACGAGGCAUUUGUGAUCCAACACUUUGCAGACAAGGUUGAGUAUCAGUGUGGAGGUUUUCUUGAGAAGAACAGAGACGCCCUCUUUGAAGAACUGCUUGACGUUAUGAGAGACAGUAAGUUUCGUUUUCUGGCGAACGUUUUCCAAGAGGACGACGACGGAUCUGUGAACAGUAAAGGCGUCAAAGUGAGAGCUGCCAGGCCUGGAGUGAAACCAGCCAACAAACAGCUGAGGACCUCGGUGGGAGAUAAGUUUCGCAGCUCCCUCUCUCUCCUGAUGGAAACGCUCAACGCCACCACGCCUCACUACGUGCGCUGCAUUAAGCCUAAUGACGAAAAGCUCCCAUUCGAAUAUGACUCCAGGAGGGUUGUGCAGCAGCUGCGAGCCUGUGGCGUCCUUGAAACUAUCCGUAUCAGUGCACAGAGCUACCCAUCGAGGUGGACAUACAUUGAGUUUUACAGCCGCUACAGCAUCUUAAUGUCCCCUCAGGAGGCGAUUGUCAAUGAUAAGAAACAAGCUUGCAAGAAUGUGCUACCUCGGUUGAUUCAGGAUUCCAAUCAGUACAAGUUCGGCCGGACCAAGAUCUUCUUCCGAGCUGGCCAGGUGGCUUAUCUGGAGAAGCGGCGCCUCGACCGGCUCCGUGGAGCCUGCGUAACCAUCCAGAAGCACGUCCGCGGCUGGAGCCAGAGGAGGGCGUACCUUCGCCUGAGGGGCGCGGCCGUCGUCCUCCAGCAGUACAUCCGUGGAAAGAGGACGAUCCGCAAAACGGUGAGCGCCGCGACGCUGAAGCGGGGCUGGGCAGCAGUCGUGAUCCAGAGAUACUGGAGAGGCUACCGUAUGAGGCAGAUCUACCAGGUGGUCCGCUUGGCCUCGGUCACCAUCCAGGCCUUCACACGAGGCUGGAUAGCCCGCAAGCGAUUCAGGAAGAUGAUGGAGGAGCACAAAGUACUGGUUCUCCAGAAAUACGCCAGAGCGUGGCUGGCACGGCGCCGCUUUCAGACCAUGCGGCGGCUGGUGCUCAAUGUUCAGCUCUCGUACAGGGUGCAGCAGCUCCGAAAGAAGAUUGAAGAUCAGAACAAAGAGAACUGCGGGUUGGUGGAGAGACUGACCAGCCUGGCCAGCACCCAUUCUCAAACUGUGGACAGACUUCAAGGCCUGGAGGUGCAGAUGGAAAAACUAAGCAGCCAGAAGGCGGCGGUGGAGUCAAGAGAGAAGAAAGUGAAGGAAGAUGCUGCUUCGGCCAUUGCACAGCUUCAGAGAGCGAUAAAUGCGCUAAGCCUUGAAAAAGAAAAAGUAGAGAAACAGUUUGAAGAUUCCACCAAAGAAACCAAAGAAAACUUUGAUCAAAUAAAAAGAAGUCUGCAAGACGAGAAAGAGAAUGAAACAAGGCUGAGAAAAAUCGCUGAGAACAACAUUGAGCUCCAGAGGCAGGACCACGAGAAGGAGGUGGAGACUCUCAAGGACGAGAUUAAGAGGCUGAAGGAGGAGAGGGUCGGACUUCAGAGGCAGAUGGAGGAAGGGGGGCAGGUGAACUCUGACCUGCAGGAACAGGUCCUCCAGCUCAGCAAGCACGUCAAGGCCAUUCCCGAGCUCCGCAAAGACCUCAACAGCCUGCAAAAUCAGAAAAACUCCAUGGACCGAAAGAUGAAGGAGCAGUCUGAACAAGCAACAGCUAAGUUAAAAGAUGUUACCAGACAACUUCUUGGAGGCGUUGUUGAAGAGCAGGUUCUCUUAGGGCUUAUUUCGGAUGAUUCUGAGAAGAUUUAUGAAGUUGAAGAUUUGCAGGCAGCUUUUGAAGGCCUGCAGAAAGCCACCAGAAUACUGGAACAUCACCGGAAGGAGCAGAAAGAAAGCUAUGAAACCCAGGUGGAGGGCUUGACGUACAAAGUGGACCAUCUGCAAAACGAGAACAGCCGGCUGCAAGACCUGUUUCAGGAGAAGAGUAAUGUGAAUGAGAAAAUUCGCCAGGAGGUGUCCAGGCUCAGCAGUGAGAACGCCAUUAUACCGGAGCUGAAGCUGCAGGUGUCAGAACUGAAUAGACAAAAGCAAGAACUGGAGGCUCAAGUGGAAGAGAAGACCAGAGAAAUAGCUGAAAAAAAUGAGGAGAUCAGCAACACUCUUCAAAAAAAGAUUAUGGAAGAGAGCUCGAAACGCAGGCACUUUGAGAACAGAGCUGCGGAGCUGGAGGAGCUGAAGAGGGAGCUUCAAGGCCAAGUAGAGGAGCUCGAGGAGGAGAACGAGCACUUGAAGCGACAGCAGAUGAUGGAGAGCGAGGCCCGGAGCAAGCUGAGGCAGGAGACCUCGCGGUUGGCCGCCGAGAACAUGGACUGCGAAGAGCAGCUCGACCAGAAAGACCGAUUAAUAAAGAAGCUCCAGAACCAAAUAAAGAGCCUGGAAUCGUCACAGAGAGCCAAGCAAACGUAUUCGCCCGCGGUUCCCAAGGACUACCUGGGCAUGUUGGAAUACAAGCGAGAGGACGAGGCCCGGCUCAUUCAGAACAUCAUCCUGGACCUGAAGCCCAAGGGGGUGGUGGUGAGCAUGAUCCCCGUCCUGCCUGCCUACAUCCUCUUCAUGUGUGUGCGCCACGCGGACUACCUGAACGACGACGCCAAGCUCAAGUCUCUGAUGAACGCAAUCAUCAACGGGAUCAAAAAGGUCAUCGUGAGUUACCACAAGGACUUCGAGCUGCUGUCCUUCUGGCUCUCCAACAUGUACCAGCUGCUCAACUGUCUGAAGCAGUACAGCGGAGAGGAGGAGUUCAUGAAACAAAACACCCCUCGCCAGAAGAAGAACUGCUUGCAGAAUUUUGACUUGUCCGAGCACAGGCAGAUCCUCAGUGAUCUGGCCAUUCACAUCUACCAUCAGUUCAUCUCAAUCAUGGAAAAGGCCCUCGCUCCUUCUAUCGUACCUGGUAUGUUGGAACAUGAGAGCUUACAGGGCAUUUCCAGCAUGAAGCCGACAGGGUUCAGGAAACGCUCCAACAGCCUCUACGAGGACUCGGAGACCUCCACCAUCUCCACUAUCAUUCAGCAGCUCGGCUCCUUCCACUCCACUAUGACCCAGCAUGGCAUGGAGCAGGGCCUCAUCAAACAGGCUGUCAAACAGCUCUUCUUCCUCGUGGGCGCCACCGCCCUCAACCACAUCAUGCUCCGCAAAGACAUGUGCUCCUGCAGGAAGGGGAUGCAAAUCAGAUGUAACAUCAGUUACCUGGAGGAGUGGCUCAAGGAGAAGGAGCUUCAGAACUCUAAUGCUAUAGACACUCUGAGGCCGCUGAGUCAGGCCGCGUGGCUGCUACAGGUCAACAAGUCCACCGACGACGACGCCAAGGAGAUCGCUGAAAAAUGCACUGAGCUCAGCCCAGUCCAGAUCGUCAAGAUUUUAAAUUCCUACACGCCCAUUGAUGAUUUUGAGAAACGGGUGUCGUCCUCAUUUGUCCGCAAAGUUCAGUCCUCGCUGCAAGAUCGAGAAGGAUCCACGCAACUGAUGCUGGACACAGAUUAUCGUUUCCAGGUCACGUUUCCCUUUUGUCCGUCCUCACAAGCUCUGGAGCUGCUGCAGGUGCCGAGCAGCCUUCACCUGGGUUUUCUAACCAGGAUCUGAGGCAGCUGCUAUGACUGACAAACCCAAGACACAAAGGUUGACGUGUAGAGGCAUGUUUUUAACCACGGGAGCACCCACCUUCUUCAGAGGAGUCUGGGUGGCAUCUUAAAUUAUUGUGUCUUAACUUAUUGUGUGAUCAAUUUUUUAGCACCAGUGAUUCCUAUAUUUUACUUUGAAGGGUGUAAAUAUUUAAGACAUCACCUAUUUUAUUAUUUUUAAUAAUUAAUAAUAAUCUGUCUCUAAUUCAUGCGUUCAAGGUUUUGUGUAAAUAAAUAUGUAGCUUUUACUAAAUGACAGUUUUCCAUUUUAUUUGAUCGUCACAAUCAUUUCAGUAAUUUUCGUCCACUCAAUCCGAGCUGCUCCAGUGUAAAUCAAACCUCUGCAGCUCUCCUCUGUCUUGCUUGAUUGUAGCUGGAGCUCUUUGGGUUUUGAAGUCCUGGUUGGUCUCUCAUUUCUUAACCGUUUGUAGUCUGUGGUCCCAACAUAUAUUUAAUUUGGGCCCUUUGAUCUGUAAUAAAUAAGCUCUAAAACUUGAA